UGCAUGCCUCUCUGAAAACAGAUGCAUCUCUUGCGUACUGGAAUGAUACAAACGUGACCAUCAGAAGAAUCAAGUAUUUAUGAUUUUAUGUGGAUAUUUUAAAAGUGAAAUUACAGAGUAAGGCUUGUUAAACUGUUUAGAGAAUCUGUCUUUGGAUUCUACCAGUCUAUUAAUAUUAUACUGUUGUUAAUAUUAAUGGGAUACACUGGGAUAAAUUCACUUGCCGAAACAAAUAUUUCUACUAAAAAUGUCUUUCUUCCAGACUUCAUUGAGAAAUGAGGUUCCUGUUCUUGAUUAUAUACCUUUACUCAGGCUACUUUUGUAAGUUACAUUUUCUAUUUUAGUUUUUCAUAUGAUUAUAGUGUCCUUUUCAUUUAAUGUUUCUGCAUAUAUUCUCUUUGCAUUUUCAGAUGCACAAUGUCAGGUGGUGGUGGUUAUGCAAAAGGACCCUCUAAUAAUGGCUGAACUUGGAGCCAAUGUGACAAUUCUUUGUAAUUAUUCCUCCGACUUAAUGAAUAAAGUUUCAUGGUACAAGCAGACUAUCGGAAUGAGACCACUACUAGUUGCAGACUCUCAGCGCUACUCAAAAGAAGCCACAUUUUAUAAUGGUUUUGACAAAAACCAUUAUAUUGUACAGAAUGAAGAUGGCAGUUGUGCUUUGAGCAUUGUAAAAACAGAGCAGUCUGAUUCUGCGACCUACUACUGUGCCGUGGCUUUUAUGAAUAUCAUUACUUUUGGAGAUGGAACUGUUUUGCUGAUCAAAGAUUCUGAAUGUGCACAUUAUUCCAGCCACACACUUCUCCAGCAGCCUGUGUCAGAGCCAGUUCAUCCAGGAAACUCUGUGACUCUGCAGUGUACAGUCCUCACUGAGAUCUGUGCCAGAGGACACAGCGUCUAUUGGUUCAGACAUGGUUCAGAAGAGUCUCAACCAGGAAUUAUUUAUAUUAACGGACACAGCAAGAGUCAGUGUCAGAAGAGCUCUGCAGCUAACUCUUCUACAGAGAGCUGUGUGUAUGAGCUCACAAAGAGGAAUCUCAGCCUCUCUGAUGCUGGGACUUACUACUGUGCUGUGGCUCUUUGUGGAGAGAUACUGUUUGGGAAUGGAACUACACUGUUCUUCAAAGAAACCAAAAUGGAGACAUGGAAACUCCCUGUCUUAGCACUUGCAUCAUCAAACAUCAUAACUGUAACUGUGGUUGUAAUGCUUAUCAGAAUGUUGCAAAAGUAUCGACAAAAAGACUCUUUAACUGCUCAAACAAUACAAGUGAAUCAGGUUGAUGACAAGGAUUCCUUGAAUUAUGCUGCUUUAAGUUUUUCUCAUAAACCGGCAUCUUCAGAAAAAUCAAGAGCAAAACCCAUUAAAGACAAAUCUGUGUAUGCACAAGUCAGACUGUGAAAACCUUUAUUUUCCUUAUAAGCAAGCAUGUAAAUACACCAGAUACAAGUCUGGUAAAACUUGUCAAAAUACACUUGUACAAAUAAAAACAUAAAAUUCCUCACAAUAAAAAUGUUUUUA